CUCAGACAUGCGCAGUGCUGAAACAGAGGAAACCCAGAUAAGAGAGAGCUGCUGACRGUGAAGUUGUGCUCUUAUUCCCGGUCAAUGGAAAACGUGUCGAUAUUGGKUAUUCGGCUGUCCUUAAAACGGCGAUAUUGGCUCCUGGUUUGCUUCGCUGCAGUGGUGAUAAUUGCUUAUCAGUUUACCAGGUAUCAUCAGCAAGUUAUAAAGAUGAACCGUGAAGAAGGUCUGAGGGCUGACUCGUCUCAGUUCACUUUAGAAAGGAGACCCUUCCGCAUCCUGGGAGGCUCUGUCCAUUACUUCAGAGUCCCCAGGGCCUACUGGGAGGACCGGCUGCUGAAGAUGAAGGCCUGUGGUCUCAAUACUCUCACAACGUAUGUGCCAUGGAACCUGCAUGAGCCUGAGAGAGGGGUGUUUGAUUUUGAGGAUCAGCUGGAUUUGGAAGCUUUCCUUCGUGUCGCAGCCAACCUGGGUCUGUGGGUGAUUUUGCGUCCCGGUCCAUACAUCUGUGCUGAAUGGGAUUUAGGUGGACUACCCAGUUGGCUGCUGCGGGAUCCAAACAUGCAGCUACGAACGACCUACUCAGGAUACACUGAUGCAGUCGACUCCUUCUUUGAUCAGCUUCUUAAAAGAGUUGCUCCACAUCAGUACUCCCGUGGAGGCCCCAUCAUAGCAGUUCAAGUGGAGAACGAAUAUGGCGCCUAUGCUAAAGACGACGAGUASGUGCCGUUCAUCAAAGAGGCGUUAGUGUCCAGGGGCAUCACAGAGCUGCUUCUGACCUCGGACGACAAAAAAGGGCUAACGCUUGGAGGAGUGAAAGGAGUAUUGAAAGCAAUCAACUUUCARAAACUGGACUUGAAAGCCAUCAAGCAUUUGGAUGAAAUGCAACCUCAGCAGCCGAAGCUGGUGAUGGAGUACUGGUCUGGCUGGUUUGACCUCUGGGGCGAACUUCAUCAUGUAUWCAAUGCUGACGAGAUGGCACGAGUAGUGACAGAAGUUCUGAAGCUGGACAUGUCCAUCAAUAUUUAUAUGUUUCAUGGAGGAACCAAUUUUGGCUUCAUGAAUGGUGCACUUGCUGUUGGACUACCAGCACCUAAGCCUAUGGUAACAAGCUAUGAUUACGACGCUCCAUUAUCCGAGGCUGGGGAUUACACCACCAAGUAUCAUCUUCUGAGGAAUUUAUUCAGCCACUACCACACCCARCCUCUCCCUGAGCUGCCCUCCCCUCAGGAGAAAAGAGCGUAUCAGCCUGUGAUCAUCCAGAAGCAACUGUCUCUGUGGAGCAGUCUGCACCUAACAGAAAAGCCUUUGAAGUCCGAGAGGCCAGUGAACAUGGAGAACCUCCCUGUSAACAACAACAACGGUCAGUCUUACGGCUACACGCUGUAUGAGACCACCAUCACCAGCGGAGGGUCCCUAAACUCAAAGGGCAACAUCCGAGACAGAGCACUGGUUUUUGUGGACAAACAGUUUGUUGGUGUUCUGAACUACAAGGUGCAAGAACUCCCUAUACCUGAUGGGAAGGAAAGAAGAACUCUGGGCUUGCUGGUGGAGAACUGGGGGAGGGUGAAUUAUGGGAAAACUCUGGAUGAGCAGCGCAAAGGCAUUAUCGGAGAUAUCGAGUUAAACUCGCACGUCCUCCGAGACUUCAUCAUUCAUAGCCUGGAUAUGAAGCCUGGCUUUAUAAACAGGGCUGGAGCAAAGGUGUUGUGUUUAUAAACGGCAAGAACUUGGGACGCUACUGGUCUGUUGGUCCUCAGCAAACUCUCUAUGUUCCAGGUCCAUGGCUUCACAGAGGAGACAACCAGGUCAUAGUGUUCGAAGAGCAGGAAACAGAUGGUAAGAUCCUGUUCACCAUCAGCCCGGACUACGGCAUGACCGUCGACGUCCAGUGAGGACAAGAGUGGGGUGUGGUGGGAAGUGACAUCGAAAAAUGUCACGUUAAAAACCGAAGAUAACAAGAAGAUUCACCUGAUUUUUCUCAUGACUAUGUUUUCCAAACUUUGACAUUUUGUUGAACCCUCUUUUUUAAGUUUUCCUACCAGCAUCUUUAACCAACACUUGUACUGUAAACUGGAAAACAAACUGUGAACUGUAAAUUAUUUGGAUUAUACUGAAUACGCUCUGUUUUCAAAAAGACUCAGUUUAUAGUUCACAUCAAGGCUGACUGUGUGAGAAGAAUGUGUGAAUAAAUUCUCUUUGACCUGCGAGUCAGCAACCGAGGCUAUGAAAGCUUGUGAACUCUUAUUUUUCAUUGCUGCUUGCCUUUGCGUCUGAACAGCCUCUGAAGAGCCUCUAAAGAGCCUCUUAAGAGAAAUAAAGGUUAAAAAAAUA